AUGGGUGUCUGGAACGUCACCCGCUACCUCGAUUUCAACAAGAAGUCAUUUCCGAAAUCAAACAGCUCGUGCGCGGAUGGAGGAGUCAAUUGGCGCAUCCGACAAGACCGGGAAUACCGCGAACCAACGCCCAUCGAAGAGUUCCGAUCGAAGAACCGCGAGUACACCUUCGUUAUACUCGAGAAGAACACGGUUGACGACCGUGGGGAAUUCAUGCUAAACGACAUCCUCGGCGAAGUCAAGUUGGGAUGCAUGAACGGCCCUUUCGCGGACCCAGAUUGGCGAAGACUGGAGACGCAGCGGCCACAACUCGACGUGCGUCAAGUGCGACCAGCCUUUUCACCGCACUGGACCACUUCGUCUCCCUCGGAUUGGCUUUCCGCGACCACGAUGGAGCUUACCGACAACUUCCCCAACGCGAUCCACGACAAGCAGGUGUACUCCGGCUUAUUCCGGAAGGUUCCUCCGCCUCCUGCUCCGAAGGUGAACAAGAGGCCCAAGGCAGCAUCUCCGAAAAAGGUCAAAAAGACGAUUGCUGCGGUGCCACCUGCCGCGAAAGCCAAAAAAGUCGCGACAGCUGAACCAAGCUUUCCGGCGAAGAACAAGAAAGCAUCUGCAGAGCCUAUGCCGGCGAAAUCAAAAAAGGCUGUGGACGUUGAGCCCAAACCCGCCUCUGUUCUGGUGCAGCCUCCUGCUGCCCCUGCUGCGCCGCAGCUGUCGCAGCCGGAGCUCUCCGAGCUGGACCAACUGGGCCUCCAGGAAGCCGUUUUGGAGCGGCUUCGCUCACUUUGCGACAAAGAUGUCGAACCCAAGGUUCUGGCUGAAUACAUCGUAGUUCUGGCACAGAUGAACAAAGGCCCGGAGCACUUGUCGGGUGAGUUGGAAGCUUUCUUUUCGGACAAGGCUUCGCUCCACUCGUUCGUGCGAUGGGUGGAGGACUGCAAGUAUUCGUUUCUUCCUGGCGGACAGCCUGCAAAGCAUCGGAACACGCCGAUGCCCAAUGGCAAAGGUUCGCAGCCAGCUGACUUUUGGGGUCCAGCCCCUGACACAUCGAACGGAUCGCGCUUGGCAAGCAAGACCGCCGAGGCUUCGCCUGUCGGACCAAAGACUGUCCGUCGUGGCAACUAUGGCACUGGUCCUCAUGUGGCGGUCACUAGCCGGGUGGUGCUGCAGCCCAACCCCAACUUCGAUGCCGGCCCCGUGAAGGCUACGCUGGGCCCCGACGAGUACGUCAGUCUCGAAGGUUGCUUCGAAGGUGGAGCUCUCAUCUUGGGUGGAUGGCUCGGGCUCCGCGCCAUCAAUGCAUACUUCCUCGAAGCUCCCAACUUCCCUUCCAUGGUGUUGUGGUUUGACCUUCUCCCUCGGUAUCAGGCCAUGGCUGACAAGAUCCACCUCCGGAUCAAGGCCAUCAAUCUACCCGGUGCAGCUCCCGCCUUAAUUUCUUCACUGCCACUGCCUCUGAAGCACAAGUCGCCGACCGGGCCGCCUGGUUUGUACGACACGACACGCGUGCCUAGGCUGCGCCUGUCGGAUCAGGCAAGUCCUUUCUUCUUCGGAAGUGGGGCUGAGGCGGGUGUCCAGGACAAUCUAGUGGAGGAGAGAUUGGAAUCCUGGCGGGCAGCACGGUGCUCGGACGCACUUGCCUUCGGGCCGGACUCCAUUUCGUUUCUUCACUUCCUGAGCAUGUUGCUGGCGGUGGCCCUACUGCUGCGAGAUCGGUUCUUGCGCGAGUUGGGCCCUUUGGCAGGGCCGGGACUUCAGGAUGACCGGAUGUGGAUGGUCGUCUUCUUGUUGCUCGGUGUCGUAGCUCCGCCUUUUCAGGGCCGCCGGCCGAGCAGGGGACCAAUCCUUGCUCCCAGCUUCGUUAGCUUUGCUGAUCAAUGGAAGUAUCAAACCUUCCUCUUUGGAGCUCGCAACAUCGGCAUCCCCGCAAUCUGCUUCGACUUCGCGAUCGCCACUCAUGCUGCCAACAGCGGUUUUGGCUUGGCCAUCGCUCGGGUUAAGCCUAAGCUGGUCACGUUCAUGAAAUAUGUGUUGAAGAUGGAGUCGCUCCAGGACGCGAGCGUCACCGAGGCCAUGACCAUUCAGUUGGCCAGGGUUUGGAUGGCGUGGCAGUCAGCUGCGAAACUUCAGGAUGAGAACCAUCCUGACUUUGCGCUCGACCCUGCGAUGAUGGGGGCCUCUGCCAUUAUCCACCGCCUCUAUCGUCGAGAGUGGAUCCAAGGCCAACUGGUGGACCUUCAGAAGAUGCGGUAUAGUGCCGAGCUCCGCGGAUCAUCCCAUGCACCUGUGGCAGAUGCUCCAAGCGUGCAGCGGAGACAUCGGAGGGUGCAGAGGAGACGGGCCACUGGGCGAUUGGCUGAUGGAGAGGGCUCCCAGCAGGCUGCCGCACAGGAUAACGCCCAGGAUAUUCUUUGCAAGUCGAGGAUUGACACGGUGGCUACGGCUAGCUUCACGAACGAAGACGAUCUGAAAACAGUCUUGGCUGAGGAUUUUUCGAUCGAUCCGGAGUUUCGUGGUUGCCUGGCAGACAGCACAGGCGAGAGCCAAAACCAGUCCGAGCUAGAAGCGGCUAAUGAGUUGAGGGAGUGGGCAAAGCCCAUCCCGAAGACCGAUUACAUGGCUGUGAGAGUGCUGUCCCGUGACGAGAUAGAUCGGGAGACUCUCGCUCCACAGUGGGAUAGCAAAGGCACCGUCGUCCUGAACAAGGCUACCUCCAAAGGAGGCUAUGCCGGCAAAUCCAGAGCAAUGCUAACGGUGAUGCAGAGUGCUCUCCUCAUGAUUGGGCUACAUCACCCUAGCCGGAUAGAGCUCAAAGGCACGACCCAGCAGCUAUUCGAGAAGUCGGAGAUUACUGCUACGGGCUAA